ACACAAAUGAACAAAUAUUCAUCCUUGACAGUUCAGCGGUACUGUUUACAAACAAGCCUAAACAAAAAUCGAAGAGCACAUCUAAAACAAUCAUCUUUACACUUCGCAACUAGUCACUUUUAUUUAAUAAAUAUCGAAAACGAACCGUAUUCAAUCGUGAACAAAUGUUUUAAAACUUUAUUUAGGCGAUACGGACUGUAAAUGGUCUGAUCCAAUUUGUCAAUAAACAAACAAAAGAAAUUUCUGUUUACAAACAGUACUGCUGAACUGUCAAAACGUGUUCAUCCGAUUGAGGUUAGCAGUGACGGUAAAAAACCUAAUAUAAUUAAAAAACGUUUCAAGUUCGAGUAGGCACACCGUGAUAAAAUAAUAUUAUUGUUUAUCCAUUCAUCAAUCCGGUUGGUUGUUUACAUCAUACAGUUUCUUUUUGUGAUACCAUAUUUUAAGUGUUUCAUGCAGUAGCUUGUAAAAACUGAGACUAUGGAUAAAAUAAAACCUAAAUUUAACUAUGAUAACAGUUGCUAUUAUGAUGAGUGUAAAAAAAUACGUUUUGACCCACCUGUUUACGAACAACGCUAUCUGGUCGUUCUACGUUUGUUAGAGUUAGAUUUCUGGAAAGAUCAUUUUAAAAAGGUAGUCGAGUUUGGCUGCGCUGAAAUGAAAUUUUUCACCUUACUGAAAACUUUACCAGGAUUGGAGCAAAUACUACAGGUUGAUAUCGACGAGGAACUUCUUACAAAAUGGACAUACACGGUUCGUCCACUGUUCAUAGACUACAUUCAGCGAAGAUCGUCUAAAUUUUCGGUUGAAGUAUGGCGUGGCAGUAUCGCAGCUCCUCACGAGUGUCUGAGAGAUACAGAUGUUGUUAUUGGAAUCGAAUUAAUUGAACAUCUCUUUCCUGAAGUCCUUGAGGCUGUUCCCCAGAACGUUUUUGGUUUCAUUAGACCAAAGGUAGCAAUUUUCAGUACACCGAACGCUGAGUACAACGUGCACUUCGAUGGUCUGUUGGAAAACGGAUUUCGACACGAAGACCACAAGUUUGAAUGGACCCGAGCGCAGUUUCAAGAGUGGUGUGAAAACAUUUGUCAACGGUAUCCGGAUUAUGCUGUCAAAUACUUUGGUAUUGGGCCACCGCCAAAAGAUUCCGCUGAUGUUGGUUAUGUCAGCCAGUUGUGUCUGUUUGUGAGAAAGGAUUUUCUAGAACAACUGCAGGAUUUCACUAAGGAUCACAACGUCGGUAGUACGGCAAACGAAGCAUUACCGGUGGAUCUUUCAACAGUAGUACCUUCGACCAGCAACGAAGUGGAAGCACAAUCAUCGGAACCAAAAAUUUACUUUAGUGACGAAGUAGGUGAAAUAGUGGUGGCUAGAGAAGGCGAAGAAGAACCAGUUGAUGUUUCUGUCGAACGUCGAGGGUUGAAUGCAUUUAGCGAUGACUUCGAAGACGCAGAAACCUACGAUGACGAAAUAGAGUCUAGUGAUCAGGAUGAACCAAAUUUCAGGGAAAUUGAUUUUUACCUUCCUGUUGAACGCGCAAGGAAUGAUAGUGGUAAUUAUGAUGAUGAGCCGUUGGAUCCGACAAGCGACGAGUAUAAACUACUGUACAGUGUAGACUACCCGGUGCAAGAACCUGAUCGACGGAACCGAACACAACAAAUUCUCGAUGAAGCUGAAUAUCAAAUUCGAAGGUUGAAGUUUCAAGACGAACAGUUCUACAACUAUGAGGAUAAUCAGUAUUCAAUUCCUCUCCAAUUGGUGGCAAAUUGCUUGAACCAAGUAACGGCAACCGUUGUAGAGUUGAGGCCAAUUCUGGAAGAAGCUUCCUAUCGUAUAUCGGAGCAAGAUAUGGUGGUUCUGAACGGAGAUGAUGAAUCGGUAAUUGGCAGCGAGGAAGAUUUUGAGUAUGGCUUCAAAGAUAGCGAAGAGUUUUCUCACGGUGACAGAAACGAUCAACCUGUAGGAAAUGAUGGGGCAGUAAACAAUGGAUCUAACGAAGGAACUGUCUUCAAAGAUGAUGAAGAACUGUGGGAUUAAAUUUGUUUUAAUAAAAACGACUAUGGCUACUACAAUAUUUAAUUUGUUUAAUUUGGCUCAAUUCACCAGUAUUCAUUAUCAUCAUUUUCGGUGUGUUCUCCCCGUUUGUACAAAAAAACUAAAAUCUGUGCGAUGCAAAAGAAAAUGUCUGGCAAAUUCUGGAAACAUCUGUGUGAACAACAAAAAGGUUCUUUUGUUUCUUUACGUUACGUUUUCGACUCGUCACUACAUUAAGAGCUUGUGCAUAGCAACUUGAAGACCUGUUUUAAUCCACCUAGUGUUGUAAUGAUAGCUUUCUCAUAUCCCGCUAUUUAUAAUUUUGCUAAUGCAGCGAUCCCCAAUUAAUUUUAAUAUUAGGAGUUUUCAUCAAUCAAGAUAUUGACAUAAAGCAAACGUUUAGAGCAAAUUCAGCAGCUAGAAGUUCUAUAUGGAAGAUCUAUAAUAGAACAGAACCUGGAACAAACGUAUCCCCAGCAAGCCGUUCUAGUUUUAUUUAUUCGACCAGUUCUACUGUCAAAUUUGAAACUGGUCUACGAUGCCGUUUAAUUUGUUGUAUAUUUAAAACACGAGUAAAACACUGCUGGGGCUGCCAGUUUUUCUUGUUAUAAAAUCCAAAUGUAAAUUUUGUAACUGACAUAAUUUAUGCAUCUAGUACUAGAACACUACUGAAUAUGCCCAGGAGUUAAGAAAACGGCAAGUUCAAAUACCGUGGUACAAGUACUAGUAUAGAAAGGAAAUAAUGAGUUAAAAAUUCGUGAUAGUUAGCAGGAAUAGUAGACUAUAACGAAUGUAUUUUUAAUGUCACAUAUUGUACAUCAAGAAUUGUGUUCCGAACUGUAGUUAACCAAAGACAGUUGAUGAAAAUAUAUGUAGUGAGUGAGCACUUGUUUCAUUU